AUGGCUGGACGCGUGCGCCAACCCAUUGACAUUGGGGCGCUCGAGAGAUGGAUUUCCAAGAAUGUUCCCCAGAUUGAGGUGCCCUUGGAUGUCAAGCAGUUUGGCUUUGGCCAAUCUAACCCAACCUACCAAUUGACCGCCGCCGACAGCCGCCGCUAUGUGCUCCGCAAGAAGCCGCCAGGACGUCUGCUGUCCAAGACGGCACACAAGGUCGAACGCGAGUAUCGCAUUAUUCACGCCCUCGAGAGGACCGACGUACCCGUUCCCAAGGCCUACUGCCUGUGUGAGGACACCUCCGUCCUCGGCACGCCCUUCUAUAUCAUGGAAUUCCUCGACGGCCGCAUCUUUGAGGACCCCGUGAUCCCCAGCGUCCUGCCCGACCACCGCCGCGCCAUCUGGGCCGACGCCGUCCGCACCCUAGCCAAGCUGCACCGCAUCGACCCACGCUCCAUCGGCCUCGAGAACUUCGGCAAGCCCACGGGCUUCUACAACCGCCAGAUCGCCACCUGGCGCUCCGUGUGCGAUGCCCAAGCUGCUGUCCGCGACGUCGAGACCCGCGAGACAGUCGGCCCGCUCCCCCACUUCGCCGAGCUCAUGGCCUUCUUCUCGGACGAGCGCCAGCAGCCCGCCGACCGCGGCACCCUCAUCCACGGCGACUUCAAGAUCGACAACCUCGUCUUCCACAAGACAGAGCCCCGCGUGAUCGGCAUUCUUGACUGGGAGAUGUCCACAAUAGGCCACCCCCUCUCCGACAUCUCCAACCUCCUCACCCCCUACUUCACCGCGCGCCUCGACCCACGCCGGUCCGUGAACGUCCACCCAGGCUUCCUCCCGCGCGCCACGCGCGGCCUGCCCGCCCCCGACGAGAUCACCACGCUCUACUUCAGCGUAGCCGCUGCCCCCUCCCCCAGCAACCCGCUCCCCACCACCUCCCUCGAACUCACCCUCCACCACCACUCCCACUCCCACUCCGCCCACCUCAACCGCCACCACCAUCGUAGCAGCAACAGCCACAGCACCGAAAACCCCGACAAGCGCCGCGAGCUGCAGUGGGCGCAGGCCUUCAACAUCUUCCGCCUGGCCGCCAUCUGCCAGGGGAUUGCGGCGCGGCAGGCCGGCCGGCAGGCGAGCAGCGAGCAGGCGCGGCGGUACGGUGACGCGCGCGCGCCGCUGGCCGAGUUCGCGUGGGAGUUGGUGCAGAGCGCGAGGGGAGAGGGUCGGCUUGGUGGUGGUGGGGGUGGUGGGGGUGGUGGUGGUCAGGGGAGGGGUGGGAAUGGGGGUGGGGAGGAUGAUGAGGGGGAGAGUGAAAGGGAGGGCGAAGGUGGUGAUGGUGAUGAUGGUAAUGGGGGUGGUGGUGGUGGUGGGCAAGGGCAUGGAGGGGGUGGAGGUGGAAGUGGUGGGGGAGGAGAAGGGGGGAAGGGGAGGCAGUCGAAGUUGUGA